AGGACCGACCGGAACCGGAUGCUAAUCAUUGCGUUAUCGCUAAGAAAACAAAUAUCUACUCAGUAGCAUAAACCGAAAGGUAGGAGUUUGUGCUAUAAACAUUAUAUAAUUUAACUAUACCGCACAUGAUUUUUUUACGAGUGUGAUGGCCUGAAGAGCAGCAGAAUAGACUUUUCCUUCCUAAAGAAACUUCAUCACUAUUUGUGUUGUUAGCCUAUGUUAGCGGUUGAGCUAAUAUGCUCUUUUUUAUAUUCAUCCCAGCGUUCUUAAUUUCUUGCAAAGCUUUUUUAUAACAGUUGUUAACAGUUGUGUUAAAGAUUUUUACCACUUGGAUGCUUGUGUGAUAUUUUCUUUUUAAUAAAGAGUGCCGAACAUUCGGCAAUAUUUUGCGCCAUGAAUCCGACCAACCCAUUUGGCAGCCCACAGGGAGCUUUCCAAGCCCCAAGCACCUCUGUGAAGACCGGUUUGUUCCAGUCAUUUGGACAGCAAAGUUCGAACAAUCAGGCCCAAAGUAUGGGCUUUUUCCAGCCACCAGCGUUUGGACAGCCAUCUGUGUUGAGCCAACCUGCGGCUCACGGUAACACAAUCUUUGGUCAAGCCCCUACCUUCGGACAGCCGCCUGCCCAGCCCCCGUCGUUGCCUACAAUAAGCCAGGCUCCAGCUUUUGGACAGCCAUCAUUGGGAAUGAAUAGCUCAGGUUUUGCUAGUGGCACAACGCCAGCUUUUGGACAAACUACUGGAUUAAAUCAGAGUUCAGUCUUCGGACAAACACCUGCGUUUGGGCAACCAUCUGCAUUUGGUCAGGCUCCAGGGUUUGGCAAACCACCACCAGCUUUUGGCCAGCAGUCCUCUGGGUUUGGGAACUCUCAGAUGGCUACUGGCUCCACUACCACCCCAGGGCAGCCUCAACCACUUAAUUUUGGCCAAUCUAUGUUUGGGCAGCCAUCCACUACCAGUGGUUCUGCCAGUGUAUUUGGUGCCGCUCAGAGCGUGACCCAAAGUAGAGCAUUUGGAUCGUCUGAGUUCAGUUUUAAGCCAGCCAACGAGGCUCUUUUUAAACCCAUCUUCAGUGUCAGCCCUGAACCAGCUAACCCUCAAACUACUACAGUGUUAAGCUCAGCUUUUGGUGUCAGUGGACCUCAGACAGGCUCCAACACCAUGAGUAGCAGCACCACUACAACAACGAACUUCUCUCUGUUGACUGCUGCCAAGUCUGGCCCGCAUGGCUUCAGUUUCUCACAGCCAGCUGCUCCCUCUGUUUCUGCUCAAAACAAUCCACCAACAACUGGUACAAGCAGUAGUGCAACCGGUGCCCUUCAAUUCACUUUUUCCCAGCCAGCUGCCCCUUCUAGUUCUAGUACCACAGAGCCCACCACCCCAUCUUCUUUCAGCUUUACAACCAAAACCCUCCAGACUCAGCCAGCAGUCCUAUUAGGAGGAGCUGUUUUCGGCCAGCCCUCAGCUUUUGGGGACAUCAAAGCUAAAGCAGAGAUUAGCACUGAUGAAAAAGGGAGCAGCCUUGCUGUCCAAGGGGACACAAAUAUAUUUGCACGAUUUAGCAAGGGCACCAAGCGCAAAGAUGAUCCAGCAGCUGGUUGCUCAGGGCCAGAGAAGUCAGCCACUGAGGAGGAUGUUCCAGCAGGAGCAGAUUCACCAAGACACCCCUCAAAAAGGCCUUUAAUCAGGUCCCGUGGCCUACCAGGAGGCUUAUUUAGCAGGGCUCUAAGCGGUAUUCGUAGAGAUCGCACAAAUCCAGUGAAACGAGACGUCUCAAAGGAGCCCCAGACAGUGAAGUGGGAGGAGAACAACAUGGAAGAACCCCAAGCUCAGUAUGAUGACCUGUCUGCCACACCAUCCAAUAUGAGCAGGGAUGUGCUGGAAAAACCUGAGGUGUCAGAUUCAUCCAUGACUCCAGAUCCAGCCGCUGAAGGGUUGACCCCUAAGAGCCGUGGUGCACACAGGGACAGCUUGGACAGCCUGAGUGGCAUCUCUCCCAGCGAUCUAACCUCGAUCCAGUGCAGGGAUGUGCCUGCAGUCCUCAACAAAAAGGACCUGUUGGAGAAGCACUUUGCUCGUUUCGGCAAAGUCUGUAGGAUCAUCUGCCGGCCUGCUAAGAAUGUAGCCAUCAUACACUUUGAUGACCAUGCUGCAGCAGCGAAAGCAAAGAAGAGAGGCAAAGUCCUGCACAGACACGAGCUCCUCCUCCUGUGGCAGAAGAAGAAAAGUCCAGGGGAGAAAGGGAGCAAACCUGCACCAGGAAAGGAGGAAUCAGAGGAAAAAAGUCAACAAGUCCCAGAGUCCAAGGCUGCCUCCUCUCCACUCCGAAGGCCUACACUCAGACCUGCAGCGCUCAGCAGCUCGCACACCUUCAGCUCUUCAGUGAUGAAGUCGUCCCCAGUCAAAGUGCUGCAAUUUGACACGGAGCCACAGAAAGAGACAAGUACCGAGACCCAGAGCCUGGAGCGCCCCGUCCCCUCCUCCCUCCUUCACCUCAUUGGCCAGGUGGCCGAGACCACAGAGGAGAAGUACCGCCUCCUGGAGCAGAAAGACAAGAUCCUCCGUCAAGACAGGCCAAAGAGGACAGAUCUGCUUCUGUCCAGUGUUUUUGUGGGGACGUGUCCUGACAUGUGUCCAGAGAAGGAGCGGUACAUGAGGGAAACAAGGAACCAGCUUAGUGUCUUUGAGGUCAUCCCAGAAACAGAGAUGGUGGAUCACUCAGCAGCCAUCAAGGAGUACAGUCGCUCCUCGGCUGACCAAGAGGAGCCCCUGCCUCACGAGCUUCGCCCUCUACCUGUGCUCAGCAUGACCAUGGACUACUUGGUGACUCAGAUCAUGGACCAGGUGCAAGACAACUACCGGGACUGGUAUGACUUUGUGUGGAACAGGACUCGUGGCAUCCGGAAGGACAUCACCCAGCAGCGCCUGUGCUGCCCACACACCGUAUCUCUGAUCGAAAAGUGCACACGCUUUCACGUGCACUGCGCCCAUCACCUCUGCGAGGAGCCCAUGAUGUCUUUCGAUGCUAAAAUCAACAACGAGAACAUGACGAAGUGCCUGCAGAGUCUCAAGGAAAUGUACGAGGACCUGGCGACGCAGCAGACCUUCUGCCCCCACGAGGCUGAGUUCCGGCAGUACAGCGUGCUGCUGAAGCUCAACGAUGGCGACAUCCUGCGCGAGGUGCAGCAGUUCCGCCAUGAGGUGCGCAAAUCCCCCGAAGUGAAGUUUGCAGUUCAAGCUUUCGCCGCCGUCAGCAGCAACAACUUUGUUCGCUUCUUCAAGCUGGUGAAAGGAGCUUCUUAUCUCGCCAGCUGCCUCCUGCACAGAUACUUCAAUCAGGUCAGAGCGAAAGCCCUGAAGGCCCUAAAUAUGGCUCACACUGUGGGUCCCAGAUCUACUCCGUUCCCAGUUGAGGAUGUUGUCCGAAUGCUGAUGUUCCGCAACGCUGAAGAAGCGACUGACUUCAUCCAGCAGUACGGCCUCAACGUCAACGACGGUGUGGUGGACCUGAGUCGGACAGCCUUUCAGGAGCCAGAACUCCCCCUGUCUCAGAGGAAAUCAGAGGUGAUCCUUACAAAGAAAAUGGCUCUGGUUGGGCAGGUGGUGAACGGAGGCCCCCUCCCUAACCCUCCUCAGCACAGACCUGUCUGCAGCUUUGACUCCCAGAAUAAAUACAGAAGAGAAGGCCCGCUGGCUGAGCCCACUUCAAGCUUUGUUAAAGCUGUUGCUGCUAAUGUGGAGGUUGCUGCACCACCCAGCACUGAACUGGCAACUCCGUUCAUACUGGUCAAUGCUCCAGAUGUUCCCUCCGAGUUUCUGCUGCCUCCAGCUGUAGCAGCUGAGACUGGAGAGCCCAGCGAAUCAUAUCACCCUCCGUCUCAGGCACCAGACCCUCAGCAGCUGUUCCAGCCGAUCCCUCAACCUCAGCCUGUCAGACCACCAUCCCCUCCACCCAAACCUCAGCUGGUGUACACCGACGAGGACAUUAUGUCAGCGUUGGACUGUCUGAUAGAGGAGGUGGUUGAAGUAGCAGUGAGGGAGGUGGCCAAUGAUGGCGCCAGUUACGCUGCAGCAGCUCUUACGGAGAGCAGCGCACAGCUGGAGUCUCUGGCGAGUGAGGUGUUGGGACAGAUGUUGCAGGAGAUUUCCUCCAACGAGAUCAAAUUAGAGCAAGAGUGUGUCGCUGAAGAGAAACGCAAGCUUGAAGAGGCGAGGAGGAGGCAGGAGCACGAGGCCUUCCUAGCUCAGUUCAGCUGCUCUCUCUGCACAGAGGUCAUCCAUGAAGUGUUAGAUGAGACCAUACAGGAGACCGCCUCCUCUGAGAUCCAGAAGGCACUGAAUGAGAAAGCAGAGCGUGUGGCUAAAUGCACUGAGCAGGUCUGCAGCAGUCUCAUCGACGAGACUUUGAACAUCGACAUUGCUCUGUUAGUGGAAGACAUCCUUGAAGCAGAGUUGCAACGUAUCCACAAGUACAUAAAAAGGUGGCGUGACGUGGUAGCAGUUCGUCGUCAGCUGAAGAGGCAGAUGCGAGGGUUUCCUGCAGCUCCUUGCUGCGUUGACCCUCGCUUCAAACUGAAAGCCCUGGCUCCCAGCGCUCCUGCACAGCCCUCCACGGCAGAUCUGGCCCGGGGUCUGGUGAACCUGGGAAACGCCGGCACGUUAGCUUUGUCCAGCACCAGGUUGUUAAAAAUGAGACGAGACGCGAUCCACCAGAUGAGGGUUCACUUCUGUUAUCAGCAGCUGCUGGAGGAGAUGGCGUGGGCGCCGCUUGACCUGCCGGCACUGGUGACGGAAAACAUCCCCAAUGCUGGAGACCAGAUCUUCUGGAAAGCUCUUCUUCUUUUACCCAGCGACCAUGAAAGUGUAGCCAGCCUGGCAGACAGGAUCCUGUCAGGCUGGCUGGAGGUGAAACUUGGUGGUGACCCGGAGCCAGAGGAGCAGCCAGACGGCGUCCUGCAGACUCUCUGCAUCUCCACCGUGCUGCAGGAGAGCGGGCAGCGUACUCAUAAAGUCCACGUUACCGUCAAGGCGGCCCGUGGCCCUCUGACUGAAGACAGCCUGUCCAAAGUGGAAGAGUCCUGCGAACUCCAGGGGACAGGAGCCCUCAUCAUGUUGCUCCCCGCUCUGCCCGGGGUCACGCCCGGCCAGGAGGAGCAGGAUGUUCCUCUGCUUUCAGCCUUACUUCAGCUCAAACAGCUGCAGAAAGCCAACACCUGGCACUGUCCGCUGCCUCUGGUGGUUCUGGUACCAGGACCCGACCGUGGUGCUGCAGAGUCACAGAACCUUGAAGAAGCUCUGAUGCUGCACACACUCAUGAAGGAAGGGUUGAUAUCAGAGUACAUAUUCUUCUUCAUACCAGAGACCACAAGUGAUCUGCAGGGACCCAAACAGCUGAACCAGGCUCUGUGCUGGCUGCUGGCUCGUGCUCCACCACCCUUCCCGCUUUCAUGCCAAACCCUGGUGCAGCUUGUGGAGGCUACUCUGAGUCGUGAGUUUAGUUCCAGAGUUUACGCCAACCGCCAGGACCGGACUGCUGCAGGCCUCCCCUCCCAGGGCCCAGCACCUGUCAUCCAGCUGUACAACUCAGUCCUGGCUCAUGUUGCUGAUCAGGUGGCCUCGCAGGAUCUCUGCCGACUCUCAUGGCCGCCAGGUGAAUUCUGCGUGCCUGAUACCUGCGGUUUUGUUCCACAUCUGGCCUGGAAUUCUGCCCAACAUCUGUCCUGGCUACGUACUGCCAUCCUCAGCCUGCAGCUACCAGAGUGGCAGCAGCCGUGUCCAACAGACUCAUGGACAGAACUCUGCUCCUCCAUCCUUUGCUACGCUGCUACGAUCCCAUCAUCACGUCACAGUCAGCCUGUCCUUAUGUCACGGCUGGAGAACCUUCUGGAAAGGAUCCGGCUAAAGGCACGGCACGCCAAAAGCCGGGUUUCCAGAGUAUCCGGUGGAAGCUCAGGCAGUGGUCUGCAGAAUGAUCAUGAAGCCUUCACUCUGGUUCCGUGGGAUGAUGUGGUGGUGAUCUGCAUAGACCACAAACUAAAAGACUGGCAGAUACCUGAACCACCUGUCUGUAAAGAUGCUGUGACAGAGGAUGGGGAGAUCCUGGUUUACUUCCCUACCGAGUCAUCCAGUGGCUUCCAGCCACCUGCAGAGUGGACCCAGGCUGUCAGACAGACUCACAGAGAGAAGCAGCAGCAGAUGGACAGGGCAAGUGCAGCUGCUUGUGCCCCAUCUGCCGGAUCGUCCCCCAGACAGAGGUUGUUCCACAGCCUGAUGGAGCCUGUCGAGGCACCACCAGCUCCGUUAGACAUCACACACACUGCCACAGCACAAGAACUGCUGGCUCACAGAGUCCUCCAGAGCUUACAAGAAGAGAAAGCUGAAAGCAAGAGGAGCAUGGAGCAGCUUCAGCGUUGGGUGGAUGGUGACCCCUUGGACCACUUGUCCACACCGCUCUUCGUUCCAUCCUCCACUCUUCUGUCCACACCCACAACCAUAAAGUGGGUGGCCAGAGAAAAAAGUCGAGAGGCUGCUUUCACACAGAAGCCAGAGCCUGAUGAGCCACUGGAGAAAGAAGCCUUGCGUAAGACCACUCCUGUAUCUCUGGCGUGGCGACUGAAGGAUCUGGAGCGACAGAUUUUAGCUAGCCAGGAAGAAGAGCUGGCCUGCAAACUGAAGCUGAGCGGGCUACUGAGCAUUGUAGAGGACUGAUAAUUGAUUGUUGAUGGGAAAUGUUUUAACAUAUUUUCUUUUGAAAAAAAAAAAACAAAUCAGAGAAAUUUAAA